AUGACAGCAGCAGGCAGUGGCAAUGGUUUCGGCACCACAGCAUGGUGGGGAUUUUCUCCAGCGCUUGACCUACAAGCCACAUGUCGGGAGACCUCAAUGGAACAUCUGCAGCUGUCCCAGGAUGGUAUUCCUGCACUGAACAUCCUGCUAGUGGGAUCAAUAGAUGGUCGUCAUAUCCUCAAGACAAUGAGUCAGGCGCACCGGUGGCCACGGCGGAAAAUUAACUUCUACGUGCUGGAGAACAAUCUGGAAGCCCUGGGUCGCCAGCUGCUGUUUCUGAGUCUGGCUCUGGAGCCUCCAGAGAAGAUGGGGCUACAAGAGAAAAGUGAGACAUUCUUGGAGCUGAUGGGGAAUACUUUGCUCCGAAGUCAGACAGCUGCCUAUCUGCAGGAGAAGGCAGGCCUCUUCAUCCGUUACGUCACAGACUCCGAUUUCCAGCAGACUCACCUACCCAAUAUGGACCUGUCUGCCCUCAAGUUCAGGGAGCGGGACCAGUUGGAGGCCAUCUUCCAGUUCUGGCGGAGCCCUGACCCACGGGCUUUUCAGAUCAAGCAGCUCUGGGACCUGCGACUCCGGCAGUACUUGGGAACCCGAUAUGACUCUCGCCGUGGGGUGUGUGACUGGGAUCUCACUAUGAAGCUGCAUGAACACGGAGCCAAUGUGAUAAACUUCCGUGAGUUUUACCACUGGCGGGAAACAGGCAUGGCCUUUGAAUUGCGAGAAGCCACCUAUGACAUCCCCAACAAGACCUUGGCAUCUGGCCGUCUCCUCAGACAUAAAGGGGAGGCAAUACCAGCUCGGGGAUAUUGGGGAGACAUAGCCACUGGCCCCUACAUCACCUUUGGAAUUGAGACUGAAGAUCCCAGUCUGCUGAAAAUGACCAAUGGCAUCCCCAGUAAGAGUUCCCAGGAAAUCUCUUUGCACAAUGUCACUGCUCUAUUGUAUGAACUCAGUUAUAACACCCGCUAUGACCCAUCGGCACCCUCUAACGAGGAGGGCAAUGGUUACUACCUGCAGGGUGGUGGUGACUGUUCCAAGCUGGGUGCUACCAGUGGUUCUCCCUCUGCAGAAGAUUCCAGAGUCUGUUUCUUGCCUCUCAACUGCCUCCCUGAGCUCCAUCACAAAGGCAAAUACCAACAACUCUUCAAUCUCAUCUUCUUCUCUUGCAGCAUGUUGCACUUCCUAAAACCAAAUUUGAAUCUGAUUUCAGCCCCAAAAGCCACUCUCGUUGUUGAGCUGUCAAACUUCCUGCCUGACCUCCGAAAGGAGCAGGUCUCUGAGUUCUCCUCUCGAAUAACCAGCCUGGUGAUGGGGGCAGGAUUUGUUCCAGUCCAAGCAACAGACAAAAAACGGUUCUCCUUGUUCCAGCUUGGAGACCAGGAGGUUAGAGAGAUGUGCAAUGAGAUACCUCCACCUGAGAUGACUGCAGCUGGCCUCUGAGGUUUCCCCUACCUACCCUACUCUCCUUUUUAACCAUUAUUGUUUUAAUAUUAAUAAAAUAUUUAACAAAAAGGUUGUUGCUAUGAAACGCCAAGGGUGUUUACAGACAGAGGUUUCUUGUGGAAUUGGUGCAGCUCAUGCAUACAAGCUUUUUGCAUCAUCCGCAUGACGACGUGGAAAAUCCGAUAAGUAAAAAUAACCCCUUAUGCAUCCACAGUCACUGAUGUUAGUGCAUUACUUUUGUAGUGGGUGGCUUGUUACAUGUGUGGUGACAUUCCAGUGGUUGGUCUCUGUUGCCGUACCUCUGCUUCCAUUUGCUCCUUAGCUGAGCGCAACAUAGCCAUUUUGUUCCCAGCACCCACCAUCACCACACACACAUAUACACAAUACCAAACAAGGUUAUUGCCAUCAUUUGCUGUGUGCUGAAGGGCCUUUAAAAAAAAAAUUAAAGGAUGUUUUG